ACAGGAAGUUGAAGACUAACUUUUCCGCUGGCCGUAGAUUAAAAAAAAAGUGGUAUUAAAAUAAAUCGUCUGAUUGUAUUACGAGCUGGGAGGCAGAUUUCAAGAUUUAGUCUUCUUAAGAUGGCUCCGACUAACGUAGUACCGCGUUAUCCUUCAGGAGCAGAAAGCAAAUGUGUGCUCGAGUCAGAGUUGCGAGCUCAGUUGCUUCAAAAGAUUAUGAUCCUGGAUGGGGGUAUGGGAACCAUGAUCCAACAGCAGGGACUUCAAGAGGAAGAUUUCAGGGGACAGGAAUUUCGCGAGCAUAAGCUCUCUCUUAAAGGAAAUAAUGACCUGCUCAGUAUCACACAGCCUGAUGUCAUCUACAAAAUCCACAAGGAAUAUCUCCAAGCUGGUGCUGACAUCAUAGAGACCAACACAUUCAGCAGCACAUCUAUUGCUCAGGCCGACUAUGGACUGGAAUACAUGGCUUAUCGUCUUAACAGGGAAUCAGCAGCACUAGCAAGAAGAGCAGCUGAUGAUGUCACCAAACAAAGUGGAAGUAAGCGGUAUGUGGCGGGGGCUGUUGGCCCUACCAAUAAAACUCUGUCUGUAUCACCUUCUGUGGAGAGACCUGACAUGAGAAACAUCACUUUUGAUGAACUAGUUGAAGCCUAUUCAGAGCAAGUCAGAGGUUUGUUGGAUGGAGGAGCAGACAUCAUUUUGGUCGAAACCAUCUUCGACACAGCCAAUGCUAAGGCGGCAUUGUUCGCAAUUGAUCUGUUGUUUGAAAAGAGCUACGAAAGAAAACCUCUAAUUAUCUCCGGAACAAUUGUUGACAGGAGUGGACGAACUCUGUCGGGUCAGACAGGAGAAGCCUUUGUAGUUAGUGUAUCACAUAGUAAACCGCUAUGUAUUGGCCUCAACUGUGCCUUAGGAGCAACAGAGAUGAGGCCGUACAUCGAGGCGAUAGGAAAAUCCACCUCUGCGUUUAUCAUCUGUUACCCCAAUGCAGGUCUUCCCAACACAUUUGGAGGUUAUGAUGAAACUCCCGCAGUUACCGCCUCCAAUUUAAAGGAGUUUGCAAUGGAUGGACUUGUGAAUAUUGUAGGAGGCUGUUGUGGCACCACGCCAGAACACAUAAGAGCAAUAUCAGAAGCAGUCAAACACUGCAAACCUAGAGUUCCUACUGGGGAUAUUUAUCAAGACUACAUGUUGCUCUCAGGUCUGGAGCCAUUCAAGAUCGGCCCUUACACCAACUUUGUAAAUAUUGGUGAGCGCUGCAAUGUGGCUGGAUCACGUAGGUUUGCAAAGAUGAUUAUGAAUGGCAACUAUGAGGAAGCUCUCAGCAUUGCUAAGGUCCAGGUAGAGAUGGGAGCCCAAGUUCUUGACAUAAAUAUGGAUGAGGGAAUGCUGGAGGGUCCAACAGCCAUGGCACGGUUUUGCAAUUUUAUUGCUUCUGAGCCGGACAUUGCACGGGUUCCAUUGUGUAUUGACUCGUCUAACUUCUCAGUCAUUGAAGCUGGACUGAAAUGCUGCCAGGGCAAAUGUAUAGUCAACAGUAUCAGUUUGAAAGAAGGUGAGGAGGAGUUUCUUCAUAGAGCUGCAACUGUGAAGCGCUACGGAGCUGCUGUGGUUGUCAUGGCCUUUGAUGAGGAAGGCCAGGCCACAGAUACUGACCGCAAGGUGGAAAUCUGCACCCGAGCAUACAACCUGCUUGUUAGCCAAGUUGGAUUUGACCCCAGUGACAUCAUUUUUGACCCCAAUAUCCUGACUGUUGGCACCGGUAUGGAAGAACACAAUGACUAUGCGGUCAACUUCAUUAAUGCCACAAAAGUCAUCAAGGAGACAUUACCAAGGGCCAGGGUGAGUGGAGGUCUGUCCAACCUGUCUUUCUCCUUCAGAGGAAUGGAAGUCAUCAGAGAAGCUAUGCAUGGAGCAUUUCUCUACCAUGCUAUCAAGGAUGGUAUGGAUAUGGGUAUCGUGAAUGCUGGGAAUCUGCCUGUGUACGAUGACAUUGAUAAGGAGCUGCUGAUUUUGUGUGAAAACCUCAUCUGGAACAAAGAUGCCGAGGCUACUGAGAAGCUUCUGGUCUAUGCACAAAACUAUGUGAAAGGAGAAAAAAAGGUGAUUCAAACAGACAUAUGGAGAGAAAAAAGUGUGGAAGAGAGGCUGGAGUAUGCCCUCAUCAAGGGAAUAGAAACAUAUGCGGUACAGGAUGUGGAAGAAUGUCGGUCACAUGUUGAUCGCUACACUAGUCCCCUUCAAAUCAUUGAGGGACCUUUGAUGAAUGGCAUGAAAGUCGUUGGAGAUCUCUUUGGUGCUGGCAAGAUGUUCCUGCCACAGGUUAUUAAAUCAGCUCGUGUCAUGAAGAAGGCCGUGGGCCAUUUACUUCCAUUUAUAGAGAAAGAGAAACAGGAGAAGAUGGCUUUGUCUGGGUCAACUGAGGACAUAAAUACUUAUCAAGGCACCAUAGUUCUGGCCACAGUGAAGGGAGAUGUCCAUGAUAUUGGCAAGAAUAUUGUUGGUGUCGUGCUGGGUUGCAACAAUUUCAGGGUGGUUGACUUGGGCGUGAUGGUUGCUUGUGAUAAGAUUCUCAGAGAAGCCAUACAACAAAAAGCAGACAUUAUUGGGUUGUCUGGUCUGAUCACCCCAUCUCUAGAAGAGAUGAUGUAUGUGGCCAAAGAGAUGGAGAGACUGGGAAUGACAACUCCUUUGCUAAUAGGGGGAGCCACCACAUCAAAGACUCACACAGCAGUGAAGAUUGCACCGCGCUACACUUCUCCUGUGGUCCAUGUCCUGGAUGCAUCAAGAAGUGUGGUUGUGUGCUCUCAGCUUCUGGAUGACAACGUGAGAGAGGAAUAUUUUGAGGACCUGAAAGAGGAAUAUGAAGAGAUUAGGCAGGAGCAUUACGACUCAUUGAAGGACCGCCGGUAUCUGUCUCUGUCUCAAGCCAGAGAGAAAGCCCUGCAUAUUGACUGGCUGUCACUGAAUAAACCAGUGUGUCCUCAGUUCUUUGGCAGCCAUGUGUUUGAGAAGUACGACCUGACCAAACUAUUGGAUUUCAUCGAUUGGAAGCCUUUCUUUGAUGUCUGGCAGCUUAGGGGAAAAUAUCCCAACCGAGGUUACCCAAAGAUUUUCAAUGACAAGACAGUGGGUUUGGAGGCACGCAGAGUAUUUGAUGAUGCCCAACGGCUGCUAAACAAAAUGAUUGAUGACUCCAGUCUGACAGGACGAGGUUUGGUAGGUUUUUGGCGGGCCCAGAGUGACGGUGACGACAUCCACGUGUACGACAAAGAUGGUACGGCACAGAGAAAUAGUGAGCCAAUUGCAACAUUCCAUGGUUUACGACAACAGCUUGAAAAGGACAGUGCAGCUUCAGAGCCCUACCUAUGUUUGUCCGACUUUGUGGCGCCCAUGGACAGCGGCAUGGUGGACUACAUUGGAGUAUUUGCUGUGGGAGUGUUUGGUGCAGAGGAACUGAGUCAACAGUUUCAGGCUCAGGGAGACGACUACAACAGCAUCAUGGUCAAAGCAUUGGCUGACCGAUUGGCUGAGGCAUUUGCAGAGGAGCUCCAUGCGUGCGUGCGGAAGGAUCUUUGGGGCUACAGUGGUGACGAGGCUCUGCAGGCCUCAGACCUCCACAGGGUUCGUUACCAGGGAAUCAGACCAGCUGCAGGCUACCCAAGCCAGCCUGAUCACACUGAAAAGACCACAAUGUGGAAGCUGGCUAGUGUACAAGAGAAGACUGGUAUAGCUCUGACAGAGUCACUGGCCAUGACGCCUGCAGCUGCAGUGUCCGGACUUUAUUUCUCCAAUCCCCAGGCCUCAUACUUUGCUGUUGGAAAGAUCACCAAGGAGCAGGUGGAAGAUUAUUCCAGGAGAAAAAAGAUGAGUCUAGAGGAGGUUGAGAAGUGGCUGUCUACCAUCCUUGGUUACGACAGUGAAGCGUAGAAAUGCACUACACCUGCAAUGAGCAGGACCACAACAAAUUACAUUCACGGUACAAUCCAGCAAUUCCACUGAAAAAAUAUAUAAUCUUUAUUUUAAGAAAGUUACUGUACUUACUGUACAGUAUGUGUUUUUACAGACAUUUCUUACUAGUAAGAAUCAUCGUACGACUUAAUAUUUUCCUUUUUUUGGCAUCAGUUAAUUACAGUUUGUGUCAGAAAUAUUUGAAGCUAGUAGGCAGUAAAAAAAUAAUGUGCUUGGAUUUAAUUCUCUGUACAGUAAGAGGGCAGGGUGAGUAUACAGUAAGGCUAAAUGCUAAAAAUGGUUCAGAAAAUGCAUAAUUCAGGUCUAAUUAAUUAUAUUAUUUUAACAGGUUUUUUAUUUUUCUAUAUUUUAAAUAUACGGCAAGUAACAGCAAAUUGAAGAAAGAGCAAGUAUGUAAGGAUCCAGAACAUGUCAUAAUAGGAGCUAUAUUUUUUACAAAAUCUUUCACUUAUUGUACUAUUGCGGCAAGAUUACAUGCUAAAACUUUGGGAACAGUAUCAGAUGGACAAGUGGUUAUUGUAUCCCAUUUAGCAUACGAUAAUGAUUGGUGAUACAGUGUGGUUGUUUUUAGUCUUCCAAUAAGUCUGUUGGCUAGCUUUGUAAAUGUUCUCAAUUAAGAACCAGAAAAACUAUUUCAAAGUAUUUAAAGGUGCAACACAUUACCUGUUGGUGAUAGUACCAUAUUUUUGACCUCUUUUACAGUAUGGAAAAAAAGCAUGCAUAAAAUAUUAAAACAUGUGGUUCUCUGUGGUGUGCAACACGAAUGGAGUAUAAAUUAAAUCUUUGGAACU